CGGCCUCCGACCCUGCAACUUCAAUGAACCUGUUGUUGAUCUGAUGCAUCGCACACACUCUCUCCUCCUCCUCCUCCUCCUCCUACCGACCUACACUCACCUCGUCGUCCUUGCCAUCGACCUUCGAUGAUCCGUCAACGUCGCCGUGGUCGCUGUCUCUCGUUUUGCGACCGAUAACCCUUUCCUACGACUAGUCGAAUCCCCCUUUGGACUCAGCGCUUCUGCUUCUCAAGCCAUCCUUUGUUCAAGACUUGCCAGCACCGUCAAGACAGUGCUCGCGUUCGCUCAUUCAACCUCGACAAAGUCUGCCCUUUUUUCCACUCGGUCGACCACGUUCUUUCGAACUUGUUCCCUCUUCGAUCACUCAUUUAUUUGUGGCCAAUCUCAACCAUCCUAGAAGCGGUCUCUCUGCGCGCUCACGCCGGCCGCACAUUAUACACCUGCAAUCCUUGGUUGUUGUCUUUGUCUCUUCAAACAAUUGGCUGGACCAACUACCUGGAGGGAACGCAAAAGCCACGGUCUUUGUUGGUUAUUCUCGGACAAAUAUAGCUCAAAGACGGUCGACUCUUAUGCUACGGCUUUCCUAGACCAACAGUCUCAACUUUCCACGGACCGAUACAAAGAGGGCUUUGCGAGGAGGAACCUUUGCUACUGAGAGAAACCUACCGAUUUAAUUUGGAUCUCGUCAGGACGCGAUUCUCACCCACGAGAAGUUGACAUCCUGCUCCCUCUCAAAAGCUUAGCCGACUGGAUUUCUUUUUGAGGAUCUUUGGGUCCUAGCCACUCAUUUACACAACAAGCUCUCACUGCAUACACUCGUUUUAUCAAAGCCUGAAUAUAUUCUAGAAUCUACAUCAUGAAGUUCUCCUCGAUUACCGUUUUGUCUGCGAUCCUCGCAGGCACCCUCGCCGAGGCUGUCCCUGCGUCUGACCCACGGCGAACCGACCUGAAGCCCAGGUACUACUUUCCUCGGGUCGUGAAGAGAGAAAUCCUGGGUUUGAAUCUGACUUCGUCUGAUUCAACCGAUUCAUCUGAUUCAUCGAGUACGACUUCGACCGCUACGGGCAUUGAUGGUGUUUUCUCCAACGCGUUCUCUGGAUUGAAUUCCAUCAUCUCAAGCGACUCGACAUCAAGCGUUCCUACGAAUUCGGACGCCAGCACGACUGACCCAUCCACCAACCUACCGGGACCCGCGAUAACAGGGACAGGUCCACUGUCGUUCCCGGCCACCAGCACCGACUCGUCCGACAGCACAGCCUCUGCAACGGGCAGUGACCCCACGAUCACAAGCUCCAGCAGCAAUGGUUUCGGUAUUACUCUUGGACUCGGCUCGAUCAUUACCACAAGCAGCGAUUCGUCCACUGCAACGAGUACUGACUCGGCCCUCGAGUCCGCAAGUUCCGCUGCGACGUCCAUUCUUUCGCUCGCGAGUUCUCUCGAAUCUGCGGCAUCUACGGCUGCCAGCUCAGACCUGGCUUCAAUUUCUUCAGCUUUGUCGUCUGCUGCGUCCGUAGCUUCCUCGAUCGCCUCUGAUGUCAGUUCAGACGAUUCGGCCAUUACGUCGACGCCAACAUCUAACUUCUUCUCCGACAUCACGACGACCCCCACGAAUAUUAUCACCACACCCACGGGCGGAUUCGGGAUCACUACAACACCGUCGACUACGACCGAUGGCCCGACGAUUAUUGACACCGGGUCUACUACACCGACCACAACGCCGACAACCACACCCACCGACGUAGGAAUCACAACACCACCCACAACCACGCCAACAGGGCCAACUUCACCUCCGCCAGACAACAACUCGACGACACCCACCACCACUCCGAGUAUUACGGACACCCCCCCUACUACAACCCCAACAAUUACUCCCACUCCCGAGCCUGGAAAUUCUACCACCACUCCUGAAGUGACGCCUACCACUCCAACCGAGACGCCAACCGAGACGCCAACCGAGACUCCGACGCUGGAGCCAACUUUGACGCCGAUUGCCAACACGACCACCAGUAUCCCGCCGUUGACUACGUCGGUGCCCCUGACCAAUACGCUCAAACCCACAGGCACGGAUUCGGCCACCGCUCUGACGCCCGAGUCUAGCAUCAUCUCGGCUACAUUCGUCGCUCCGAGUACCAAGUCGACCUCGUCUAGUAGCGCCGUCAUCCCAACCUCGCUACCUGGCUUCAUCCAACCGCCCGGAGGAGCAAACACUGCGCCAGCAAACACCACUCUAAUCCAAAUUGGUUUCGACUAUGGUCUCAACUACGCUUUUGUGGUGUCAUCUCAGACAGCCAUCCAGCAGAUAUUCUCGUAUCUCCCACCCGGUCUCGGUCGUGGUAUGAACCAAAAUGCCAGUGACGUGGUCAUGCAAUAUCUUCAACCAUACAACACGUUGGACAGUCUCGACUACAUCACCACGCUAGCAUUGGCCUACAUCCCUUCGGAACAUGUCAACACACUCUCGGUGAAUCUCUUGAACCCGAACUCGGAUCUCUACAACAACCCCAACCCGUCCAUUUCCACUUUGAUGGGCAUGAUCGAUUCAUCAAUUCCUCUCCUGCCUGGGUCUGCCAUGCAAGGUGGAGGCACGCCUAUCAAUUCGGCAAACAGCGCUGCUACUACCUCCGGCAGUGGCGAGUCCAACGGUGGUGCACCUGGAUCUGGUGACAGCGGUGGUAGCUCUUCUGUGCGUCCGUCCUCGGUGGGUAUCGCAGUCGGCGCGGUCGCCGGUGCAGCCGUCUAUGGGGCUGCCAUGUUCCUGGUCGCGCGCAGGUACAAGAAGAAGAAGUCGGGACACCAGAGAUCGAGCAGUGUGCAAUCGGGUCAGAACCGAGCUGGAGAACAAUCCAACCUUAUGGUUGCGGGCGGCCGUGGUAGCUACGGUACACGAUUUGGCGGUCGAACAUCUCAAAACAGUGACCGAAGUGGUUCCAACCGGAGUGGACGAACGUACAUUAGUCCGCCCGUCAUGGCCGAGAACAGUUUGGGUUGGAACUGAGAGAUGUUUUGAUGCGUCGAAAGAUGUUGUACAGGGAUGAAGAUCCGUCAUGCCCGUCUACGAUAUACCUCCACCUUUAUUCACAUAGUUAUCCUUUUUUUUCCUUUUCGUUUCUUUUUCCUUGGACUUGUUCUUUUGCAAAGAGGAAGUCGGAGCGGUGAGUUGGAGAGUUCUCACCAUUUUUGUAGCGUUAUGUGGCGCAAGACAUCAAAAAAAAGCAUGAGUGAGAGAUGGGGAGAGGUGGAAGAGAAGGACGAGGAGGAAGGGGGAGAGCGGUGUAUUUAGAUGUACUUGGUGAUGGUGCAGAUUUAUAGUACAAGAUAGUUGGUUUGCAUAUGAUGAGCAAGCAAUUUAGCAAUUACCUAGAAUGUUCCGAGUAUGAAGUAGUAAUAUUGUAGUAACAUGAUUCUGAAAACGUG